AACUAAUGGCAGACGUUCAGAUGAGAGAUGAGGAGGAGAAGAGUGGAGGGUUUGAGAUGAUCAGAAAGAAGUUGGAAGAAUGGGACAUUUUGCCCUACGAGUACCAACUUUUCAACAAGGAAGAGUCUCCCAAUUGGCGCCACCCUUUGUUCACCGAUAGUACCGCUAACGGAAUGCUAGCCUAUUUCUAUGAGCAAUGCAACUACUAUCAAAGCUUCAAGUUCUCACUUGAGCCCACGAUAGUUGAUGAUGUGAAGCUUUGCAGCUACUCUGAGUUGCAAGACAUUACUGAUUUCAAGGCUGAGAGCUUGAUUCAGAAGACUCUUUCAGGAAGAUUGUUUCGUGGCACCAUUGGUGAAGGAUCUGAAAAACGACCGGCGAUUGUAAAGACAUGGGAUUUUCUCCUUCCUUGGGGGGAUGAGCCUGAGCAUCCCCACCGCCUACAUAAAUUUUGUGACGAGAUCGAGUUAUUCACAGAUGAAGGAGCAAAUACGCAUCCAAAUUUGUUGAAGUUGUAUAGGUACUGUUAUGAGAUGAGGCUUGCAGCUGUCUAUGAUGAAAAAUUCACGAGAGUCUUGUCUGAUGUGCUUCUGGCUGAUGACUUUGGGUGGGAUGACCGGAUAAAAGUGGCAACUCAACUUGCCGAUCUUUUGGCAUGGUUGCAUGAAAAGAGAGUUGCUGUUGGCAGUGUUAUUGCUUCAUGCAUUAUGAUAGAUGAGAUUGUAAAAUUCCUGUUAAAUAUCUUGUCGGCAAGGAUGCUCCAGAGGUUUGGGCAGGUAAGCGGACGAUGAAAUCUGAUGUUUAUAUAUUUGGUCUUCUACUUCUGGAGCUGAUAAGCAAAAAGAAGUUCAAUUUUCGCGAGAAUCCUGUGAGUGUGAGAAAUUCAGUUGUAAAGGAGGCUACAUAGUUCAGAUUUGAUUGAUGUUAUUGAGGUGAAAAUCAUAUUCUAAGUAUCAAAUCAAAUUAAAUUUUUUACUAUAAUUUUCAAUAUGAAGAAAAUUACUUUCUAGUUUAA